AUGCGCGCGCGCGCCCUCGCGCUCGUCGCGCUGCUCGCGCGCGCAUCCCUGGCGUUCGCCGACCUCGACGACGCGAGCGAACGACGCGAGAUCGAUGACUAUCACUACGUCUUUUCCGCCGAUUGCCAACCGUACAUGACUUGGCAGGCGCGCGCGCUGUAUGAGUCGUGGCGCGCGAUUGGCAGCCCUGGACGCAUGACGCGAUUGAUAUCGUGCACGGAUGACGAGUACGCGCGGUACGAACACAUGGACGUGGUGCCGGACACGGUCAAGUGCCCGUCGUUCGUGUGGUACGCCAAGGAAAAGUUUGGGGACGACGACGGAUACUCUGCGUAUAACUUGCCGGGAGGGAUGAAUCAUUGGGCGCAAAACGUCGGCACGGAUCGAAAGUGGGUGGUGAAGCUAGACGCGGACAUGUUGUUGCUAAAACCGCUGAGCGUGAGAGAGAUUCCAGCGAGCAAGGGCGUCGCCGCGAGCGGUCAAUACGAUUAUCUCGUCGGCACGAAGAACGGAAUGGCCAAGUGGUUCGUGGACGAGGAGGUGGAGAAAAGGCUCGCGCCCGUGGGUGGGUGGGAGAUAUUUGACGCUGAAGAUUUUGUGAACAUGACGCCGCACUGGUUUGCGCAAACGGUGAAGGUGCGCAUGGAUAAGAGGAUUUGGUUUCCGUAUCGCGGCACCGGCGACGUGUACGUCUCCGAGGAAUCGCCAAGGCCGUGGAUUUCGGAAAUGUACGGGUUCGUCUUCGGUUGCGGGUUGGCGGGGUUGACGCACAACGUGAUGCGAUCCGUACAGCUGUACGCAGGUAUGAAGCCGUGGGAUGAGGCAAGCGCCGACCCGUUCAUCGUGCACUACGGUUUGAGGAUGGACGAGGGCCCGUACUCGUGGGAUAAACAUUGGGAGCCUGGGCACUUGGAGCGUAUGACGUGCGCCACGCGAGAUGUGGAACCGUUCCCCGUUGUGCCUUACCCGAAGCGCCCGAGCGCGCACGCGUUGCAGCAAGAGCGUCACAAUUACAUCAAGGUGAAAAUUAUGUACAUCACGGUGUCGGCGAUCAACGACGCAGUGAAAAAGUACAACGAUGAGAAAUGCGGGCGGGGCGCUCGUAGUCAUCGAGUCGAAACAAAGUCGUUGCCGAUAAUACCUAAAGGAAGAGACGUACCGAUGAAGCCAUCGCGAGAGGAUCCUAAGGUGAAACCCAGAAUGACGCAAAAGCCGACGCCAGUCCCGGUGAUGCAUCGAGCGGAGCGUGCGGGUGACGCCACAGAGCGUCUGUUAGCGAGGAAAGCCACGUUAAAAGUCGAGCGAGAAAUUGCGCACGAAGAACGGAUGCAUCGCAUGUGGACGAUGGGAAGCCUUACUUGGGUCGUUGGCUUUUGCGUCAUCGUGUAUCGCUUCGUUCGAACGAAGACGAGGCAACGCAGCGAACAGCGACGACGACGCGAAACGAACCCGUUUCGGGAGGUUUAG